ACGCGAUGCGGAGUUACGAGAAAAUCACAUACUACUCGCAUGCUUAAUCAGUAUUAUUCGCCGUCACACUGGUAGCUCAGGUGAAGAGCUUGACGAAUUAGUAACGCAGGUUAGAAAUCUAGCAUGGGAGGUGAUGAACAAAACAAACGAUGCAACAUCCAGUGUAAUGCAAGGGAAAAUGUGGAAAGCCGUCCGUCACGCUUUGAAAGAUAUCUCCUUCGAAAAGAAGAGUCUGUUAUUGACGACAGAUUUUAUGGAAGAUGUGGUGCGCUACCUGCUGCCUGUCAGGACGCACCCAGAGAUGAAAAAACAUGUGCAGAGAAUGACGUACCCCCAAGAUCAUCAUAGGUACCACACGUUCUGGAUAGCAGAUGCAUUAGUGGAUCACACCAAACACAGCUUAGCAAUACCACCAGUAGAGUGGGGCGACCGGAACACCGCCAUUGGCUGUACAGUACGAACAAAUGAUUAUGACUUCGUCCCGAAAAUUCGUCAGCUUCAGAAUCUGUCCAUCAGCCUCGAUGUAUGGUUAAAAAUUUUGAAGCAACUCUCCGUGAGCCUUAGUGACACUAUCGCAUAUUCCUCAACAGCAACCGCGGACAACUUUUACGCAACGGCAAGAAGUAUCAUCAAGUCCAUCGUUGUCAACAUAUUUGACUACGUAGGUUGUCAGCAAAUAUCCGGCCUGGCAGAAGACAUGACCCAAUGUCACUCGUCUCAAUCCACGAAGACAGAGAAGGACACACGUUCAAUUGGGACAAUGUUCAAAUACUCGCUCACGCAAGAACAAAACGGGAGCGAGAAUUUGCCGAGGCGUGGUACUCCACACAAAAAUCGAUCAAUAAACACAUCGACAUUGACCCAGUCUAUCAGCCGUUACGAGCGAAAGAACCACACGGUCACGGGACUCGGAGCUAAGAAACCUAACGGCAACCAACGGACUAAUUGGGUCAAAGGAAGACAAUCACGAAAAACAGAAGGCCAAUCAAAUGAGCAAAACCCACAAAGCAAGAAGGAAACGACCGAAUCACAGCAUGACAACCACAUAAAGAACUGCCGAAUUGAAUGCACCCAACGAACCAACCAGACACAGGAGAUUGAGACCACAAGACCAAUCAAACUACACGAUGACCGUUUCCAGAACUACCAGAUACUGUUUAGAAGCUAUAUAAUCACAGGCAGAAGAGGAGGAAUUCACCCACUCAACCCUGCACUGACGAUGUCACCUCGAUUGGUGAUGAAACUAGAUCCAAGCGGUGACCUGAGCAGAAAACUUGAGCAAACAAAGCAGUUGCUUGCUGUUUCCCAUCGAUUGCUUCACAACCUAAAGGGUGCUUAUUUUGAUCAAACCGAAUCUAUCCUUUGGCCAAGGACGACACUCGUUUCCCUGGAAGCCUAUACCGAUUUCUUUCGAUUGUUCCAUUCGACCGAUGAACUGAUGAAGGAUAAAGGUGAGAAAAUAUCAUGUGGCGAGAUUGCUCAGAGCGCGAAUUUACUGGCUGGAGGGUCCGUGGUUCGAACUCGACCUCUGCCUCUCGACUUCCGCUGUCCAGGCUUGGGCAACCUUAUAGUAUCCCAAUCCUCUUGCUUACUUCUGAUGACAUGGCAGUUAGACGCCAAGUUGAACAUCAACUGGUUGGAAACCGUUGCCGAUCGCACCUGGAACACUGACAAGGAUCUACAAACCAUGUGGAAUGAACUUCUGGGUGACCCUCCAAAAAGAGCUCCCAU